AUGAAUAGCGUAUAUCGGGGAAUACAUGUAUUGUGUGCAGAAGGCCUUAAAGCUUGAAUGUGAUACAGAAUCUAGGCAGAUGUUAAGCUAUUGAUACGCGUCUCUUUUCUAUUGUAUGUGGUGUAGUGAGAAUGUGUGUAUACAGUUACGAAAAUUAUUUGUAGAACGCCUUUAUGCAGAUGAUACAUUUGUUGAGAGUAUGUAACCCAACAAUGCUUUGCUAUGACAAUAUUUGAAAGAUAUGUUUUAUGUUUUAAAUUUGUUUUAAAAGUUAUGUUUUAUAAGAUCGAUUAUACCGCUUCCUACAUAUCAAUGAAUGUCUAUGUGUUAGUGUGCUUGUUAGAUGGUGUUUCCGGAGUAGACAUGGAAUGUGAAAUAAAAUAGCCGAAACGAAUGAUCAUCGUCUAUGAUGUGCCCUAUUUGCUGCAACUCCUUCUUUUACAAGAAUUGCAUUCGAAGGAAUGAUUGUGCAGGGAAAAAGUGGCUUGGAUUGAUGUUGAAUUUGUAGGUGUAAAUCUAGGAAUAACGACAAAACGAUAAGAAACAUGAAUUGUGAUCGAUUUUUGGUGGCUGUGUCCGGUGAUCUGUUAUGUUCAGCACUAACAUUGCGCACGAAUGUUUUAGUUUUGAAUGAAUAUUAUAAACAAACAACAAUAUGCUGCAAACAAAAGUUGUCGAACAUUGUUUUGAGAUCUGUGAAUGUGAAUGGCUUUGAACUCAUAUACAUUGUGGAACCGCAUUCAAACUGCAACAUAGGAUUUUAAGUUUUCAAUGUUAAAAUGACAUGUCUUGACUCUCCUGCAAAUUAUGUAUGUUGUAUGUUGAAAACAUUACAUGAAAAUCAGUUCAACCAUGUCUAAACAAACGAAUGGAGUAUCUUCGUUCGCUGCCUAUCCUGAAACACGUGUAAUCGGAUUCUACAAGUUCCUAGCUCGACAUUCCGAUGCUUGUUCAAGUAGAACAACACCAAAGCCUCGUCCUCCCAGUCCUACAAAUAGGCCCAAUAUUACUUUUCAUACAUAUAAAUGCCCUCCAGCGUAUGCGGCUUGGUAUUGCCUUAACGACGCCACCUGUUUUACGGUUAAAAUAGGAGAUUCUUUAUUAUACAACUGCGAUACAACUUUAAAAAAUGGCGGCUAAUGGUAGCAAUGGUAAUAAUGAUAACAACGAAAGUAUACCUGCAAUACCGCCACCAUCGGUUAGAUUAGACAUUGCCGACCGCAUGAAACGCUGGCAUGGAAAGGUUGCAGUUGUGACAGGCGCCAGUGGAGCAAUUGGUGGUGCUAUUGCAAUUGAACUAGUCAAAUCAGGAAUGAUCGUGUGUGCGCUGUCCAGACGACGUGACAAAGUAGAAAAGUUACGCGUUAGCCUCUUUGACGUAGCUGGUUCCUUGAAUUACGUUGAGUGUGAUAUUACUGUGGAAGACGACAUCAAAUAUGCAUUCGGAUGGAUUGAAAACACAUACGGUGGAGUAGAUAUGCUAGUUAACAACGCAGGCAUUAUAACGAAAUGUUUGCUAACAGAGAAGAAUAAUACAAGAGACCUAUACAAGACAAUGGAAACGAAUAUCAUUGGUUUAUCUUUGUGCACUCGGGAAGCUGUUAAAUCAAUGAAAGCACGUGAUGUUAAGGGCCACAUCAUAAACGUAAACAGCAUAUUUGGACAUAAAGUACAUCAAGCCGUUCCAGGAACACGACCAUUGAAUGGAAUGUACCCAGCAUCAAAGUACGCAGUCACUGCAAUUACCGAGUGUAUUAGACAGGAACUUGUCUAUUUAGGCACGGGCUGUAAAGUUACGAGUAUUAGUCCAGGCUUAGUAGAAGGUGAUAUUUUAUCAACAAAUACAUCAAAGGAUAAUGAAAUUGUUAAUUACAUGCCGAAACUAAAGCCUGAAGAUGUUGCAGAAGCAGUAUUAUAUGCAAUCACAACACCAGAAAAUGUUCAAAUACACGAACUAAUAAUCAAACCUAUGGGCGAGUUCUUGUAAGUUAACGUGAAGUGAUGGAUUGAAAUAGGUCGGUCUCGUAGUACAGUUGUCUACUUGUACGACUUAACAUCAUGUCAUAGGUUCAAGCCCUGAAUGGACCGUGCCCCCAUACGUAGGACUGACUAUCCUGUUAUGGUAAUCAAUAAGUCACUGAAAGCCAUACCCUACUACUGGUACAGGUAGGCGAUGACCGACAACGGUUGUUGUGGCAAAGACGACAAUUAAUGAAAAUAGAGAGUUUUGAAGAGGAAAAACAAUUUUUGCAUGUAAUAAAACUAUCUUCUUUACAUUGUAAUAUAUGUUAGAAUAAAAAUCGCUUUAUCAAAACAAUAA